GUUAUUUAUAGCAGAGAAGUUCCACUGAGAAAGCACUAUUUUGAUUGCGCUCCUGGCAGCCAGGAUGCAAAGCAUUUUCUGCUGCCACAAAGAUAUGACUUCCCACAGCAGAAGGGGGAUGUUUGAAGGAGCUGGUGGGUGCACUGAUCCUACAGAAAUGACUGCAGAAUACAACAGGAAAAGAUACACCUCUUAUCAAAAAUCAGCGAGGGGAGACCAGAUUUCAGAGAUGAAGGAAUCAAGUCAUCAUCUGUUAAAAAGCGAGCCACAGACAGAAAAAGAAAAAAGGCAAUAUGAUACAUCUGAGCCUUACAAGAUGCAGGAGACCAGCAAACCUGAUGGUCCUUUCCAAGAGGGAUCCGGGAGCUAUCAGGGGCAACGUGCUACAUAUGAUCCUUACAAGAUUACACCUUACAAGAUACAGGAGACCAUCAAACCUGAUGGUCCUUUCCAGGAGGGAUCCAUGAGCUACCAGGGGCAACGUGCUACAUACGAUCCUUACAAGAUUACACCUUACAAGAUACAGGAGACCAUCAAACCUGAUGGUCCUUUCCAGGAGGGAUCCGUGAGCUACCAGGGACAGAUGGACAGCAAGGGAAGAGGUUUGUCUGGCUCUGUUAAUAGUCAACCAGAAGUUCCGGGAAGUCUCCACAGGCAAUAUGAUACCUCUGAGCCUUACAAGAUGCAGGAGACCAGCAAACCUGAUGGUCCUUUCCAAGAGGGAUCCGGGAGCUAUCAGGGGCAACAUGCUAAAUAUGAUCCUUACAAGAUUACACCUUACAAGAUGCAGGAGACCAGCAAACCUGAUGGACCUUUCCAGGAGGGAUCCAGGAGCUAUCAGGGACAGAUGGACAGCAAGGGAAGAGGUUUGUCUGGCUCUGUUAAUAGUCAACCAGAAGUUCCGGGAAGUCUCCACAGGCAAUAUGAUACCUCUGAGCCUUACAAGAUGCAGGAGACCAGCAAACCUGAUGGUCCUUUCCAAGAGGGAUCCGGGAGCUAUCAGGGGCAACAUGCUAAAUAUGAUCCUUACAAGAUUACACCUUACAAGAUGCAGGAGACCAGCAAACCUGAUGGACCUUUCCAGGAGGGAUCCAGGAGCUAUCAGGGACAGAUGGACAGCAAGGGAAGAGGUUUGUCUGGCUCUGUUAAUAGUCAACCAGAAGUUCCGGGAAGUCUCCACAGGCAAUAUGAUACCUCUGAGCCUUACAAGAUGCAGGAGACCAGCAAACCUGAUGGUCCUUUCCAAGAGGGAUCCGGGAGCUAUCAGGGGCAACAUGCUAAAUAUGAUCCUUACAAGAUUACACCUUACAAGAUGCAGGAGACCAGCAAACCUGAUGGACCUUUCCAGGAGGGAUCCAGGAGCUAUCAGGGACAGAUGGACAGCAAGGGAAGAGGUUUGUCUGGCUCUGUUAAUAGUCAACCAGAAGUUCCGGGAAGUCUCCACAGGCAAUAUGAUACCUCUGAGCCUUACAAGAUGCAGGAGACCAGCAAACCUGAUGGUCCUUUCCAAGAGGGAUCCGGGAGCUAUCCGGGGGAGACUUCACCGGCACUGGGCACUCGGAGCUCUCUCACACUGAAAGUACAGAAAUUCCUCCUCGCUUUUGGUUGGUACUUCCUGUGUCUGGUUUUGUGCCCAAUGCCUCUUGUCCUCUCACUGGGCACCACUGAAAAAGUCUGGCCCCAGCCUCCUGACACCCACCCUUCAAGGAUUUUUAAGCAUCGGGCACUUCCUGUAGGGGUCACCCAAGCAGAACUUCAGGAAAAACAGGAAGCUAAGGCGUUGAAAGCACGUCAGAAAAGGAACACACUGCUCUCAUCUAAAAUGAUAAGCAUGCACCAGCGUUCUGAGAACAUGAAUGACCCUUUGCGUUUGUCUGCUGUGCUGAACCUGUAUGAGAUGCUCAGGCUACAGGGCUGGGCAAAACUCAAGUUCUCCCAAGACCCCUCCAUGUCAUAUAAAGAUGCCAGCAUCUUAAUUAAGGAGCUGUUUAAUGCUUGUGAGAAGGAUGUAGAGCAGAGAACAAAUAGCAUAUUUGAAUUGCUUGACAAUCCACCUUUGAAUGAUGCUGAGACCAAAAGAAAACAGGAAAGUAUACAAGAGAUAAGGAGACUCCUCAGAGAUUUCUGUUACCAAAACAACUCAGAGCUUUACAGCAAAAUUGUCAUGCAAGCUGGCAUUGAUGCCAAAUCUGCCUCUCUAAAAGAGUUCACACAUCAGUGCUGCCAAGUUUAUAUUUUCCUGCUUCUUCAGGAGCCACCAGUUAAAGCUGUGUGGCAUGAACAGGGAAUCUCCAAGACAUAUUCAGAGCACGUGAUCAAGAAAGACUGCAGUGAGUGGAGAAAAGCAGAAUUCCUGUGGCCCGUAAUGAAAAGGGGGGAAGAAGUCAUUGUGAAAGGUGUAGUCUGGGAUUAAAAGUAGCAUAACUUCAGAGUCAGGCUACUCACUUAUAUGAGAACAACAAGAAGAAAGCUGCUGUUCCAUAUGUUGCUUUUCUUUAUCCCAUUAAUUACCUGCUUUUCAAAACUAGUCAGAUGCUUCUGUCUUGGCACACUUAGGAGAGAUCAUUAUUUACAAACAUGUACCAGAAAUGAAAGAUGUUUGCCUCAGCAGCAGGCAUACACUGGACAUAAUGUUUGUGUGUUGCUGUCUCUAAACUCCAUUUCUGUGUAAAGGGAACCUGUGUUUCUAGCUUGCCUUACCUGCUCUACACAAGUGCUUAUGACAUUGCCAGAUAACAGUGGGGAUCUUGGCCACCCAGUGGAAGCAUUCCACCCAGCAGUAGGUGGUAGGAACAAAGCUUUGCAGAACCCCUCACAGCAAUGCUAUCACUGCAGUCCUCUGCAUCUUGAGCAGGGACACCAGCUGCAGGCUCAUGCUUUGAGUUACUGAAUAAGCUGUGAGGAUGCAGGUGGCCUGGGAACCAGGCAUCCAUCUUGGGUAAAAAUGUACUCAGCUGAGAAACAGAUCAAGGCACGAGAUCAGCACCCAACUCCUUUCCCACAUGAGUACAAGUUUCUACUCCAGAGCCCUUCAGAUACAGACCUGCCACAGCUCUUGACCAAAGUGCUCAAAAUUUUGUAUGUUUACGUAAGGGGGGUUAGCAUGUUCAUGUGCUUGUGUGACAAAAUAUUCCGUGUGAAUGUUGAGAUUUGCCAAGUAAAAGACUGCAUAUCCCACUGUA